AAAUUCAUAAAAAGAUCAUCGAAAUGGAUGAACUUUUUUGUACAGAGAAUCUUCUAAAUCAGUUAAUGUUAUACAUACCAACUGCCGAUGAGCGUGGUAAAUUGUCAACAUAUAAAGACGCACCAGAGGAUGUGCUUGAAAAUUUAGCUUAUGCUGAUAGAUUCUUUGUUGAAGUCAUGAAGAUUCAUCGAUAUGAACAACGUUUGAAGUACAUGUAUUUCUAUGUUACUUUUAAAGAGCAGUUUGAUGAUGUUGAUAACUCCGUUUUAUCAAUAUUGAAUGCCUCAAUAGCACUCAAAGAAUCUAAACAUUUUAAAGAACUUUUAGGUCUUGUUGAUACUAAGGCAACUCAUAGUAGUUCGCACACAUUACUUCAUUUCCUAUCAAAUAUUGUUGAGGAUAAAUUACCACAUGUAUUACAGUUUAUUGAUGAUUUAAAAGAUUGUGGAUCUGCAUGCAGAGUUUCACAACAAGAGAUGACCAAUGAAUAUAGAAUUAUGGGAACAAAGUUGAAUGAUCUUUCUGUUGAACUUCAAAAACAUUUUACAGAUGUCGAAUUAGAAAAAAAUGAUAGGUUCCCUAUUGUAAUGAAAAGCUUUGUCAUCAAUUCGCAACAGAAGUUUGAAGAACUUCAGGUUAAAUAUACUGCUAUGGAAGUAGCUUAUAAAGAUGUAGUAGCAUAUUUUGGUGAAGAUCCAAAAAAUACUAAACCUGAUGAGUUCUUUGGAGUGUUUAAAACAUUUAUUACAUCAUUUGAGAAAGCAAGAAAUGAGAACAAGCAACAACGUGAACGUGAAUUGGCAAUUCAAAAACGAAAAGAGGAAGCGGAAAAUCGCAAAAAACAUGCUCGCCCGAGCCCAAGUGUCAAUAUCAGUUCAGCUUCACAAGAUUCUGUAGAAGAAAAACAUCUUAUGGACAAUCUCUUGGAAUCUUUAAGAGAUGGAGUAGAUUUGGAUUCUCGAUCUCGAAGGAGACGUGGUGGCAAAGAAAAACGUUUAGGUAGAAAUAUGUCAAUUGCAAUGAAAGCCGAAAAUAUAUUGAAUAGACUCAAAGAAGAUACUCCACCAAUACCAGAUACGUAA